AUGGCAGGCUCGAGCGCGGGGUCGUCAGAGUACCUAGCCGAGACGAAUGAUCCAGUGUUCUACGUGAGCCGAUAUUUCAACCCCAAGGCCGUGGGAAUGCCCAUGGUGGUGUGUAAUACGUUGUGCUAUGUGUUUUGUAAGGGGAGUGCGGCGACGGGAAUCUUAAUGGUUAAAAUAGGCGGCGUAGGGUACCACGUCGAUGCCGUCCCAGUGAGCACCUUUCAGACCUGGCUGCAACUAUCCAAAGUCCUCGAAUUCACCUACACACCCGCCGUCAUGUUCGCCAAGCUUGCCGCUCUAUUUCUCUACUACCAAGUCUUCGAAGUCUCGCGUUACCGCCGCGUCAUCGUUGGCACGGGUGUGAUUGUCAUCCUUCAAGGCUUCAUUUCUUUCAUCCUAGCCUUUUCGAUUUGCCGGCCUUUCAGGUACUUCUGGACCCAGGCGGUUGAUGUCAACGGUGGGACUUGUGGAGACGUCAUGCUUUUUUAUAAGACAUAUAGCAUUCCGAGUCUAGUCACGGAUGUGGUGAUGCUGGUGCUCUCGUGGCUGAUUUUUCUCCAAUUGCAAAUGCAUACAUCAGAAAAGAUUGGCCAUAUUCUUACUUUUCUGGCUGCUUCGCUGGGCAUAAUAACAUGCGCGCUUCGCUUCUCCGUCUUCUUCACAGUCCCGCUAUUCUCGGACCCAACAUGGUACGCCUCAGGGGGUCCUAUGAUCUACGCCCUCGUUGAACCCUCCAUCUACAUGAUAGCUAGCAUACUGCCCACCAUGCGGCAUCUUUACCGGCGAGUCUACCGAAACGUGCAACGAGCUGCGCCACUGCGGAGUGCGAAUAGCAACAGUGGUCCGAGGAUCAGCAGCGGUCUUUGUCAAUCGGCAGAACUCCAGCGUAUCGAGCACAGUGACACAAGUAGCUGUGGAAUUACACGACGCGUGGAUAUCUGGCAGGCAAAUAUGCAUUCAAGUCAGGAAAAACCGACGGUGGGGAAUGAUAUCAGAAUCGGCAGGUGUGGAAUCAAUCCAGGCCAGCAGACACUUCAUCGCCGAGUACACCAGAAGCGCGUUCUUUCGUGA